CGAUAGUGAUUUAGCCAACAUGAGCCCUGGACUCGGACACGAUCCUCUUCCUUCGUACAAUAUCACCGCGUUAGGUAACACGGCACUCUGCCUAUGGCAACAACCGCAGCAUAUAUUAUUUCAAUUGGCCAACUUCUGCUUUGCAUUGUCGUACUCAGCACCAUCCUCGAGAAAAGGGAUAUUGUUUAUGCAUUCUGUGUUGAUUAUCGGUUUCAUGCUACUAUCUGGAUGGGCAUGGCACGUAAUCUGCGCACCGGACAUAUUCUCAUGGAACUUCAGUUUCUUGGUACUGAACAUCGGUCAGCUGGUUUACAUCGUUUAUCAAAUGAGACCGGUUCGAUUCGACCCUGAAUUAGAGGAGGCCUACCACACCCUCUUCUACCCAUUUAAAGUAUCUAGACUGCAAUUCAAAAGGUUGGUGUCUCCAGAGUUUGCAUCGAUAAUGUCCUUACACGCUGGUGAAGCAUACGCGAUGCAAAAUUUAACGCGGACCGACAGACUGGGUCUUUUGCUCAGCGGUAAAGUGAAUGUUCUCAGCGAUUCGAAUUUUCUGCACCCAAUUUCGCCUUGCGAGUUUCUAGAUUCACCUGAAUUCGAGAGUUCCCGAGCGUCCGUCGACGAUAAAUUCAAGGUGUCGAUUGUCGCUGCAAGUUCGUGCAGGUAUUUAUAUUGGCAAAGAUCUGCUUUAGAGUAUCUUCUCGUUAAAGAAGCGUAUCUCGCGACAGUUUUAACAACGUUAGUUGCCAGAGAUAUCGCGACGAAAGUGUACGCUAUGAACAACAAGAUUGUUACAGAUAAAGGGUCACAUUUGGACAUAAGACUUCCAACUAUCAGCGCAGGAUUAUCGUUAACCGGCGAGUAUAGAAGCCCGAGAGCGUCCAGGCAAGCAUUGAUCCGCAGGAAAGAGUCAUUCAUGGCUUCUGAUAAUGGAAUUUCCAAUGUGAAAGAUCGUCCAGCGAACAAUUUAUCGAAGAAAGGAGCGCCGAACAUGGAGCCACUUCCGGAAAUGCCGUCGUGCGACGAUUUAGCGUCCAGCGGUGUAGAGAGUUGGUUAGAUUCAUCCAGCAAGUAUCACAGUUGCGAGAUCGUUGACGAUGAUUAG